GACUUGUUGACCUUCCAGAAGAGAACUUUGAGGCUGCUUAUCAGUCCAUUACACUACCUGAAGAAUUUAAUGAUUUUGAAACACCACUACCUGAUUUAAAUGCCAUUGAUGUUGCUGAACAUUUUACCUUGAAUCAGAGCAGAGCUGAAGACAUCACACUUACAGAGGAUUACGAAAGCAAUAUACUUCUCUGUGAUAGAAACUUUGAUGAAGAACCAGAUGCACUAAGAAAACAGAGCUUCUUUGGCAGCAGCAUCUUAACGAGCAGUAACAGUCUGGUGGCUGAUCACAACUCUGCGAGCAGGAACGGAGACAAGUCUGCACUGCAUGAAGAUACUUACUGUUUUGAGCACGACUGUUUUGGAGAUGAGGAGGAUGCUGCAGAUAUGAUUGAAAUCCUGUUGAGGGAUGAGCAAAAUGGCCUAGAUAAAGACAUUCUUGAUAUGGAGGAAGAACGUCCUUUGUCACAAGAUCUGCCAGAGAACAGCACAGCCAUUGAGUCCAACUGCGCAGACACCACCAUUAAGAAAGUCAGUCACCUAACAGAUGAAACGAUACUUCUGUUGAAAGAAGAAGAAGGAUUUGUGCUUGAGCCGGUUGAUGAUACAGCUGUCACCCAGAGGAAAAAAAAGAAAAGAAAGAGGAAGUUGCUUGUGGAUGUAGACAAGGAACUCAGCUGCAAAGCUAUAUACAACCAACUUACCAACUGCACGGACAUCCUUGCUACAUUAGACCUUGCACCCCCAACAAAAAAAACAAUGAUGUGGAAGAAAUCAGGAGGUGUGGAUAAACUCCUGUCCCACGCUACACAGCCUGUGGUUCACGCGGAGCUGCAAAUGUUAUUUGCAAAAUGCUUCAAGAGUCAUGGAUUUAAGAUGAGAAGAAAUGGAAUACAGAGGGGGUCUGAAAUGGAAGAAACAAGGAAAGAGCAAGAUACCACAGAAAUGCUGAUAGUAGAAGAGCCAAGUUACCUGCAGGAGUCAGCUCAUUCAGAGACUGAGAGAAAAAUCAGAAAUGAUUCGUUUAUGUUGACAUCACAGAAUAACAGAAAUGAAACUGAUGAUAACUGUGGUGAAACUAUACAGGAUGGAACAGCUUUCUCCGAGAGCUCCUCACUGGCGAACGAUUCACUGGACCAAGAAGCUGAAACCCCACAAGCUGAGUUAACAAAUGAGCUAAUGAGGAACAGGAAAGACAGUGAAGAAAUAAGGUGGAGCAAGAGAACGCUUCAGUUUUUAAAAACUUUACAGCACCUGGAGCGAUCAGGCGUGCGCUCUUUCAGUUUUCGGGAGCUCUGCCGGAAAAACAACCGGAAAGAAGCUGCAGCCCAGUUUUACGUCAUUCUUGUUCUAAAGAAGCAGUCGGUCAUUGAGCUCAGUCAGAGCGCUCCCUUUGCCGACAUCAGAGCCACCGUCGGCCCAAUGUUCAACGCUCACUGA